AUGGCCUCGAGCGCGAGCCAAGAAGGCGAGGAGAGAAAGGCAUUCAUUGCCGAACUGAUGCGAGAGCACUCCCGCCUCGGCCACGAUUCCAACAAUUUUGUCUACCGACUAAAGCUCUCGGUAUCCGACAGCCUGCCCGUAUCACGCCCCUCUCAUUACCGCCGCCCAGGGACCGUGACCCUUCCGGCCGACGCAACCGACGCCGUCAUUCGCAUCUCCAAUCCACACGCGCUCGUCAAUGAAAAUGUUCGCGUUCAAAACGAGGUGGCUGCCAUGAGUCUGAUGCGAGAUGCCUUAGCCGGAGAGUGGGAGGAUCUCGUUCCUCGCGUGUACGCCUGGAGCCCAUCGUCCGAAGGGCGGGAAUGGAUCGUACAGGAGUACAAACAGGGCGUUCAGUUGGAUAAGUUGUUCGGCGACCUCGGUCCGGAGAGUCAGCGCGAUGUCGUCCGCCAGGUCGUUCCCGUCUAUAAGCUCAUACAGAACUAUCAGCUUUCCGUUUUUGCGGACCAUGUUGUCACAGGCCCGACAACGAUCCCGUGCGGCGGCCCGUUCGAUACUCUCCUUGACAUGUACGCCCGGAUGCUACGCAGGCUGUUGGAUGAGUCGGACACAUCAGAUCGCCUGAAAGGCUGGCGCCAGAACAGUCGUCGAGAACGAUUAGAACACUUUGCCCCUCAUGGAAUUGUGCGGCAGACACGCGAUUCAUGUGCUCCAGACACGUUCAAUAUGCUGUUUAAUCCAAGUUCGAAUCGCGUCACUGCACUUCUCGAUUUCGAUUUUUCUCAUGUCACCAGUCCAGCUGAUGAAUAUUUCUAUUCACUCAGGACCUUUGGUGCAUUGCUUAUAGGUCCUUUCGAAGACGGCGACGAGGGUCUGCUUCGUACCUGUCUACUCGAAGGAUUCGGCGGGAAAGUCCCAUCAGAGCCCGACGGCAAGGGAAGGGCGAACUGGACGGUUGCUGUGAUGAUGGACGAGGAAAGACAUAGGGCAGGGCCCCUAAGACCGGCCGAUAUUAUUCACGGCCGCGGGGAGUUAGCCGCGUUGUAUUGGUUCCUCGAAGACGUGUCGCUACCGUAUUUCUUCAUGUCUCGUUGGGUAGAAAGCAGGAAGCCAGAGGAUAUCGACAAUAUUCACCGGUCUAUCAGUAAAAGCCUGGAUAGGUAUCUAGCUAGAUGGGCAUGACCCGUGCUUCCAUGCAAAGCAGCUUGAUUCACAUGCUGUCAAGAUGGCUAUCGCGGUAGACAUUUGCGUUUGCGUAUGAAGAGUUGCUCUUACAAAGGAAGCCAACGAAAAUAUUUUGCAGCCAAUUUGGAUAAAAUCAGGCCUGAAGCUUCCCUCCCCUUUCAGAUACAUGAUCCUUCCGUAGCGGCAUUGCUUAUGCUUCAUCCUAGAUAUUGAGAAGGCGAGUCACGGCUCCCAGAACACCGCCUAGACUGUCUCGAUACAUGACUUUCCCAGAAGUCAAGGUAAUGAGAUGUUCAUGGUAGAUGGGUGAAUAAUCAAGCUUCAAGUAAUCU